AUGGAGAAGCGACCUCGACAUGAAUUUGUGUGUACACUAGCACGCAAAUUUGACAUUUUCCUAAUUCAAGAAUUCGUGGGCAGCACUGACAAUUAUACCACCUAUCAACAAUUUUCAACCUCCCACAACUACCAGUUCUAUUCAUCUCCAUCCUUGAGCCGUACAAGGGCCAAUCACUUACUUGACCCUCAACUCAUGCCCCAGACGGGUAUUUUUCUUAAUCUCAAGAAAUGUUCAGUGAUCAGUCAGAAUGAGAUCACACAGAAGAUCCAGCCACAAAUAUACUGUAACGACAUCCGGAUUCGGCUUCCAACAGGCGAGAUGGUUUUGAUUGUGAACGCAUAUCUCCCAUCCCAACCUAAAACAGCCCAGGUUAUCAUCCUUCAACAACUUCUUCCUCACCUCCAGGAUUUGCAAACAGCAUAUCCCGAUCUUAAGGUCAUUUUCGGGGGUGACAUGAACCAUUCCAUGGAGCGAACACCUAGUCUGGAGCAACGCCUGGUGUCGAGUACUCUCGAUAUCCUUGCGGCGCUUGACCUUGUCGACAUUGGGAUCUGCAACCCAACAGUUUUCACCCUUCCUACAAACCACGGUACACUGCCUCGCCGUAUUGAUCGAAUCUAUGUUCCCACACUGUGGCAACCUCGAGCCUUUCAAUACCAGCUCUGGAGACCACGCGGCAUCACUUCAUCCCAUUCAUUAAUAGCAGCCCACUUAGUCAUUGAUAUGAACCCGACAAACACAUUUGGUCUUCGCCGCUUCCAAUAUCCCCUUGGCCGGCUCCUGCCUUUGUAUGAAACGCAGGGCCAGAUCACGGUGAAUCCUGACGGUACAUUAGACGAGGCGAUUGCUGCUAUCACGCAAGAAGGCCUCGAAUAUAUCCAACUUCAUCGAACUCUAAGACGGAUUGAUCCGGAAUUUGCCAGAUCAGUUCGCGAUACGAGCACGGAACACUUAGAAGACUCGGCAGAAGCAUCACUACGGUCCUUCUUUCAGUAUAAGUCACACUCAGCAAUGGUGUUCCAUGACUUGACAAAUGUUGCACAAGGUACUCGGGCCAACACAAACGCGGAUAUGCUUCGAAUGGUCACAAGCUAUUACAAAGCACUUUAUAGUGAACCCACUCCUGGACUCACAGAUCGUGCUCUCAAAGACUAUCUAGGACAGAUAAAGGUGAGCCUUUCCGCACAACAAGCGGAACAGCUUGACCGCCCUUUCACCCAAGAAGAACUCACUGUGGCUCUCAAACUAUGCAACCAUGGCACAGCCCCGGGCCCCGAUGGAAUUCAAUAUUCAGUCCUCAGAUAUCAUUGGAAACAGUUCUGCCCAGUUCUCGUCCGUACUGGAAAUGAGCUUUUGCAGACAGGGAUGAUGCCGGACGCCUUUCGUGAAGUCCUCAUCACACUAAUCCCCAAACGCCACCAUUCAGCUUCCACUGAUGUGACGCAUUACCGCCCAAUACUGCUCAUCAAUUGCUGUCUCCGAGUUGUUAGCCAAGCUGCUAAUACCCGGAUACAAUCUAUUGCUGAUACUCUUAUUGGUCCUAAUCAACGGGGCUUCAUGAGCAACAGACGUAUGGACGAAAAUCUUAUGGAAACACGCACCCUUCUCAACCUUAUUAAGGAAGCGUACCCGAAAGAUGAUGCAUCUGCACCAGAACGAACCAUUCUUAUGGCCGACUUUAACAAAGCAUUUGACCGAGUCUCCCACCGAUAUAUUCGCCAGGUUCUCUGCCAUAUGGGGUUUGGACCUCGCAUGACGUCCUUCCUUAUGCUGAUAACGUCCGGCCAAAUCGGUCGGAUCACUAUCAACAACUAUGUUGGUCGGUCUUUCCCACUUCUCAGCGGUGUUCGCCAAGGCAACCCUGUGUCUCCCAUUCUCUUUAAUCUCGCGAUUGAGCCUCUUCUAUGUCGCUUACAACAAAAUUUGAUUGGCAUCCCAAUCGAAUAUGAUCCCUUGCAAAUCACGAUCAUGAAGUAUCAUGCCUUCGCUGAUGAUGUUAACAUCUAUCUUGGCGAUGUUCGUGAUUAUGCGACCACCGCCGCGGAACUUGGCUUGUUUGAGAAAGCGAGCAGUAGUCUUGUAAAUACUGACAAGUCAGUCCUUUAUGGGACUCUGCCCGGCUUCCAGCAAGGUCAUGAUCCAUUUCUCCCUUACCCACGUAAGCAUUUGUGGACCCGGAAGGCUGAUAGCUCUUUAGAGUUCACUGAUACGACUUACCUCGGUAUCCCACUUAAUGGUGUUCUAUGGGACAGUUAUCUUCGUACCCUUCCUUUUCUUUGUAAAACUCAAGCGUACCAACUGCUCCGUCUUUGCGUCCGUGCCAUGGGUACCAAUAUCUACGUUCACUCCAAGUUGCCUUUUCGAGAUCUUCAUACACCAAUGCCAUCCCGGCCUCUUAACCGUGUUAAGUUCGCCAUUUCUAAGGUUUUUUACGGCAUUUCACUCAAAAAGUUAUACACCCCCCCUCAAAAGGGAGGGUAUGGUCUAAUUGAGACGGGGCUUCAACUUCAAGGGCAUCGAGCCAAAGUCAUCUACCAUGUCGUCACCGACGACCAGUCUUGGUUUAGUGCUUACAUGCGAUUGAAGUUCAUGCACCACAUGGGCACUCUUGCUCUGCGAAACGCUCAUACCUCCUAUCAGGCCCUCGAGAAAAAGCUUGGCUAUACCUACAUUGGGUGUUAUAACUGGGAAGAUUUUCUCUUCUCCCGACACCGUACUUCACAUCUUAACCUCACCUUUACUGCGAGCGAAGUGGCGUACCUUCACGCUUGGGAUAAACAUGCCCCGAAAACUCGGGCCCCCCGCUUAAGACCGCACAGUGCUUCGGCCACUCAGCUCAUGACUAAAGUCCAGGCCCUGGCCCAACUUAGUCCUGAAGAACGCAAAUGGUGCCAGGCAAAGAAUUUUGCUUCUCUUAGCCGCAAACACCACCGCAAAGAUACGGCCCUUCGCUCUGAGCAACUUCUGCGGCUUCUUCCUCUUUCUUAUAGACAUUGGAAGAAGUUCUGGAAGGAGCUUUACCACUUGGAAUGGCAACUCGGCCAUUCUUUGGAGGCGGGACAGUUUACGGCCCCUUCGGCCACGGGACGUUCUUUAUCGACAUCCAAUUUUUCUGUAGUGCCCUGA